CCAAGCUCUUUAGCAUAAAUCUUUUUCUCGCUCUCUCUAGAUACCAACCCAAACGCAUUCACAUCGCACCCAAGGGAUUACCCCUUUAAACCGAUCAUCCGUUUCCUUAACGCCGCAACUCUAAUCCAAGUCGGAGAAUCUAGAUCCCUGUAUACAUAUUUCCCUAACGAAUUUCUCAGCGACGCAGCCAAAUAACAGAUUGAAGGACGAGAGAGAUUGUGUGUUAUUCCAUGAAUUCCUCUCAUUUCAUGGACAAGCAGAUAAUGGGUCUGAGUGGGUCUCAAAAUAGCGAUUUCUUUGAGCUCCUGAACCCUCCUUCCCAAGAGCAUAAUGGAUCAAAGAAAGAAGAUAUGCUUCCCAGUUAUGAUUUCCAGCCCAUACGACCAAUAGUUUCUCCUCCAUCGCCUGAACUCCAAUCCUCCUCUAAUUUUAGGAAAUAUGGAUCCCUGGAACUUAAGGAACCAACAAACGCCUCACAAGAGCAUGAGAGGGAUGCUUCCGAUGCAGCUAUUGUGUCUGAGAUUGAUCGAACAGUGAAAAAACAUGUUGAUAAUCUGCUACAUUCCUUAGAAGGUGUUAGUGCUCGAUUAUCACAAUUGGAAAGCAGAACACGCCGUCUAGAAAACUCAGUGGAUGAGUUAAAGGUCUCAGUUGGAAACAGCCAUGGGAGCACUGAUGGAAAGCUGAGACAGUUGGAGAAUAUCUUGAGAGAGGUACAAGCAAGUGUGCAGGUCUUGCGUGAUAAACAGGAGAUCGCAGAGGCGCAUUCCCAACUCAUGAAGCUCCAGCUCUCCAAGAGCGAACAACAUGCUGUAACUGAAAGCCUGAAAGCCUCCCAAGCUGAAACCCUUGCCCCGCCUCCACUGCCACAAGCACAACAGCAACCCCUUCAACACCUCCCCCAACCAUUGCCAUCUCAGCAGCAGCAACCAAACCCACCACCCCAACUUCCCCAAAGCCAGCCUCAGCCUGGUUCCACCCAGUUCUUCCACCCACCACCACCACCACCACCUCCUCCUCAGCAGCAGGACUCCACCCAUGCGCACUACCAACUCCCACCACCUCAGCAGCAAGUGGACCCAUCCCACCCCCACUACCACCUCCCCCCUCCUCAGCAGCCAUUGGACCCUACUCACAAGCCCUACCCUUUACCGGCUCAGCAGCCAGAUCCCACCCAUGCUCAUUACCAGCCACCACCUCAGCAAGCAGACCCAACCCACGCCCCCUAUCAAAUGCCACCUCAACAGUCAGCACCAGCUCCUCAACAUUAUCAAAUGCCAGGUCAGCACCCAUCACCCACGCACAACCCCGAUGAGCAUGCACCGCCCUCCUACUACCCUCCCCCUGGUCGACAAGGGGGGCCUGCCGGGCCUACAGGACCUGUUGGGCCCACACCACCUCAGCAGUUUUAUGGGCCUUCUGGCCACAUGUACGAGCCGUCCUCACCAUCUCCCCCUGCUUUGGGUCGGGCUGUUUCGGGCUUUCCAGGCCCAUAUGGCCCACCACCAUCAGGGCCCAAUUUUACUGAACCUUCGUAUUCUUCUUAUAAUGGGCCUGUGCCAUAUGGCAGCGUGGGUGGUAACAAGGUGCCUCAGUCUUCUAUGCCUUCAGCUCCUAGUGGGGCUGGCGGGUACCCAAGGCUUCCUACUGCUCAGAUACUGCCACAUGCUUUGCCCACUGCUUCUGGUGGUGGGUCGGGUUCAUCGGGGGGUGGGAAUAGAGUCCCGAUUGAUGAUGUGGUGGAUAAGGUCACAAACAUGGGGUUCUCGAGAGAUCAGGUGAGAGCUACUGUUAGGAAGCUCACAGAAAAUGGGCAGUCGGUGGAUUUGAAUGUGGUUCUUGACAAGUUGAUGAAUGAUGGGGAGAUUCAGCCACAAAAGGGUUGGUUUGGGAGGAACUGAUUAUAGUUGUGCUCCAUGGCUGUUGGAUCCAUGGCUGUUGGACUGGACAUGCAUGGCUUAUGUGGAUAUCAAUCUGAAACUGCACUCAAUGUUUAGAAAAUCUGAGACUUGGCUUGCAACCUGCCGAGUUGGCUAGGGUCGAUACCCUGGUGAGUCUGGAGGAAAAUUUCAAGCAUGCCUCGAAUCUGACUUUCUAAAGAAAUUACGUAUAAGUUCCGUCUGAAAAUCAUCAGGACGUUGGAGAGUCAUGGUUGGAGUCUCAUGUGAGCAAACAUGGACAUGCCUAGUGAUUGUGGUUUUGUGGAUGUCGUGACCUGCUAUAUAAUGAGAAUGGGGUGCAUCGAAAUUUGGAUACAA